AUGUCCAGCCGGAUACCAACACUGAUCUUGCUGCAGUUUGGCCAGUUCGUUUGUUUGUCCGGCAAAUGUAAUGCUAAGAUCAACGUGUACGACGGGGUGAGCAAGAACAGCACUCUGCUAGUCACGGUCAAUGCAGGCCAACCUCUUCCAGUGCUGAUCUCAUCUGAUAAAUUCAUGCUGCUGGAAUAUAUCGCCGACACGCCUUCUCCAAGCAGUUUCAAUGCGUCUUAUAAAACAGAGUCAUCUGCCAAAUGCACGAACGACUACCUGACGGUUAGAGAUGGUGGUAACCUCACUGCGCCGGCCCUGGGUGUUUACUGCGGACACAAAUCCAACUUCAUCGUAACCUCCAGUGGGCCAAUGGUGGUGCUCCAGUUCUCCAGCAAUUCCAAAGUCCAAGGACAUGGGUUCCAUGUAGAUUAUUCUUUUGGUGCUGAGGAUACUACCUCCAAUGACGAUGACAUGACCAUUUCUGAUAUAAUACUGCAAGCAAAUGAAGAUGUCCCUGGGGUUCGACUGGAGGGAGACAUUAAGCCAUUGCUCGGCCGGAAUGCAAUGAAAUGCAAGUCCUGUUUCUGGGGAAAAUCAAAGCAGGGACUUGCUAUCGUCCCAUACGUCAUAUCAUCUAACUAUUCUGAAUAUAGUAAAUAUUCGAUUACAUCUGCCAUGUUAGAGUUUUCAACAAUGACCUGCGUGCUCUUCACAGAGAGGACCAAAGAGCCAAACUACCUCAGUUUUGAAACAGGAAAAGGCUGCUGGUCAUAUAUUGGAAAGAUAAAUGGCGCACAGACAGUGAAUCUCGAUCCAAAAAGCUGUAUGGGAUAUGGCGUAAUCCAACACGAAUUGAUGCACUCAUUAGGUUUCUUCCACGAACACAACAGAAUGGACAGAGACAAUUACGUGGACAUCAAAUGGCAGUAUAUAUCACCAGGAAAUCAAGGGGAUUUCACGAAGAACAAUGGGAAUACCAUGAAUCUCGCUUAUGAUUAUACAUCAGUGAUGCAUUACGGCAGCAAAACAUUUUCAAACACAUCUGGGCAGAUGUCAAUUGUACCAAAACCCAACCCUGAUAUUGCCAUUGGGCAGAGAAUCGGGCUCGACAGCAGGGAUGUGGAGAAGAUAAAUGCGAUCUAUAAUUGCAAUCUAUGCAGGAAAAAGUUGCUAGGUCCCUCAGGAAACUUCUCUUCCACUGAUGUCACUCCCAUCAACAACAAUGACAACUGUCUAUGGCUCCUACAUGUUCCAUCCGACCUGAUCUUGCUGCAGUUUGGCCAGUUCGUUUGUUUGUCCGGCAAAUGUAAUGCUAAGAUCAACGUGUACGACGGGGUGAGCAAGAACAGCACUCUGCUAGUCACGGUCAAUGCAGGCCAACCUCUUCCAGUGCUGAUCUCAUCUGAUAAAUUCAUGCUGCUGGAAUAUAUCGCCGACACGCCUUCUCCAAGCAGUUUCAAUGCGUCUUAUAAAACAGUGGUGUAUGGAGGCACUUUUACCAAAAAUCGAGACUAUGUUGAGUCCCCAGACUACCCCUUCAACUAUUACAACAAUCUCCAAGCCAUAUAUGUCAUCAUUGCUCCUCCGGGUAAUCGAGUGUUGCUGAACUUCACUGACUUUGACUUAGAGUCAUCUACCAAAUGCAUGAACGACUACCUGACGGUUAGAGAUGGUGGUAACCUCACUGCGCCGGCCCUGGGUGUUUACUGCGGACACAAAUCCAACUUCAUCGUAACCUCCAGUGGGCCAAUGGUGGUGCUCCAGUUCUCCAGCAAUUCCAAAGUCCAAGGACAUGGGUUCCAUGUAGAUUAUUCUUUUGGGUGA